CCCGCAAACUUGAUUCCACCGUCGGAUCCGGUUCCGCUCUGCCACGCCGUCAUACGCCCGGGCGAAAACGCCUCGGUUGACCUGCCAGCCUGUCCUGACGUCGACCACGCGCAACGCCGACGCGUCUUCCGCCGACCAUAUUUGCCCCGGCUACGUCCGCAAGCGCACGUAAACAUAUAUCCACCGCGCUCUCGCACCCACGCGCAAAUGCAUUUCGAAGCUUCGCCAGGCUCGUCGCCUUCCAAGUCGCUCCCCAUCUCCAUCAGGACCAUGGCCUCGCCCUCAGGAUCCAUCUACAGCAACUGCUCGACCGAGUCGUCGUCGUCGUCAAGUCGCGGCUCCUCCUGCGCCUAUCCCUCCUGGCCGACCGGCAGCUCGCUCGAGUACCGCAGCACGCCCAGCUCCUUCAUCAGCGACGCCGACCUCUUCGGCGAGGACGUCGACGACGACUUCUGCCCCUUCCUGCAGGAGGCACCGGCACCGCCACGCCAGCCGCCCAUGGCUCAGGCCUUCCCCAUCCUGCCGCCACUCUACGCUGCUGAGAAGCCCAAGAAGCAGCGGAGGCGCAGCAGCGGCCGCAAGCAGCGACGUCCUUCUAAGCCUAUGACUCCCAUCUCGGAGUCCCCUGAGGCCAUCCGCGAGUGAAGACUAGGCCGACAACCUGAAUGAUACCCUCCACAUUACUGUAAGUCCAUCACA